UUGUGUGCGUGUCGUUUCGCGAACGAACAAAAAAAAUUGCGCGCGUGCGUUAAAUCCGUGGACAUCCCGACGUCGACGGACAUUCUUCACGGCGGCGGCGACGCGUCGCAUUCGUCGGUUGUUCAUUUUCGUGCUGAUUGGAUAUAAGCGACGACGUUGCGUUGCUCUGGCGUCAGCCACCAUAAGCUUUGUUCUUUAAUAUUACCUGUUGAACAAUUGAAUCUUCCGUAGACGAUGGCAGACAACAAAGUGUUAGGAUGUAUAGGAAGAAAUCUGCUUACAAUUUUGACGGUGGUGGGCGUGUUCGGAGGCACUGCGGUCGGGCUACUUAUCAGGGCGAUGUCAAGUAGCCCCUGGACACCGAGGGAGGUCAUGUAUCUUGCGUUCCCCGGUGAAUUAUUCUUAAGGAUGCUGAAGGCGCUCAUAAUACCGCUUUUGAUGGCCUCCGUCAUCUCAGCCAUCGGUUCAUUAGAUUUAAGUUUGUCCAAAAAAAUAGCAGUUAGGUCAAUUUUAUAUUACGCAACAACGACUAUCUGCGCCGUUAUUUUAGGAAUCUUCCUGGUAGUGACAAUAAGGCCUGGCGAAGGCACGGCACCCUGGAAACCCGCGGACGAUCAUACGUCUGAAGGCGUUCUAACGCGACACGUCUUAACUCAAGAUACUUUGUUAGAUUUGAUAAGAAAUAUGUUUCCCCCCAAUUUGGUUCAGGCUUGUAUCGGACAGUCACAAACAAUUUUAAGAGAACCCAAAAAAGACAUCCUCUUCAGGAAAGGACAAGAUGACAUACUCAGAAGCAUCGUAGCUAAUUCAUCCCUAGAUUCAGAAAUGAAGAGCGCACUGUUCGAUUAUAUUUCCAGCAGCGACAGAAGGAAAAAAGCACUAAACGCGUCUUUGAUGGAUGAAUUGGAGAGAAUCAACUACAAUAAGAGUCACAUUGGUCAGGUUCCAAUCGAGGACGUAUAUCCAGCGGAAAAAUGGAAAUUUGAAGAAAAAUUUGAGAGUACAACGAACGUACUAGGCCUAGUUACGUUUUCCAUAGUAUUCGGCAUCGCCAUGGGUAAAAUGGGCGAACGUGGAAAAGUCUUGUUGGACUUUUUUCACGCCUUAAGCGAGGCCAUGAUGACGAUUACGAGCUGGGUUAUAUGGGCAUCCCCUUUGGGCGUCUUCUUUUUGGUAACAGCCAAAGUCCUAGAGAUAUACAGCUUUGCCGAUUUGGUCGGUAGAUUAGGGCUGUACUUUUGCACGGUCCUGCUUGGUCUCUUCAUACACGGAUUCAUCACCUUAUCAGUCAUUUACUUUUUUACGUUGAGGAGGCUCCCGUUCAAGAUCAUCGCGGGGUUGAGUCAAGUUCUAGCGACCGCUUUUGGAACCGGAUCAAGUUCGGCAACGAUGCCGAUCUCAAUUCAAACAAUGGAUAAGAUGGGUGUGGAUCCGAGGGUCACCAGGUUUGUAAUUCCGGUGGGAGCUACGAUAAAUAUGGAUGGUACUGCUCUGUACGAAGCUGUGGCGGCCAUCUUCAUAGCUCAGCUAAACGACAUUAGCUUGGGAUUCGGCAAAACCGUUGCAGUUUGUCUCACAGCGACUGCGGCUAGUAUAGGAGCCGCUGGCAUACCUCAAGCUGGUCUCGUAACUAUGGUCAUGGUGCUAGACACUGUUGGUUUGCCUGCAGAUGCGGUGAUCAAUAUUGUUGCAGUUGAUUGGCUACUGGAUAGAUUUCGAACCACAAUUAACGUGAUGUGCGACUGCCUAGGCGCACGCUUGGUGGACAUUUUAAGUGUGGGUGAACUAGGGCAGUUGACGGAAUUGGAUAAAUUGAACGCGGAGGAUCACGAACUGACUGAAAUCGCCAAAGAAGACAAACAUUAGACAAUUCGAUGUCGCGCAAAAAGCUCAUUUACGCAGAAUCGAAAAAUAAAUAUCGUCUGUUACGAUCGAAUGUAAUUUAAAGAUGGUUGGUCCUCUUAAUCGUAUCGUUGUCAAUUCGUUUAAUAAGUGUUACUGCCCAAUUCGUAUGUAUGUAUUUUUAAAUUCUGGGAUUAUCAUAAUUUUUAAACCAUACUGUUCUUUAAAUUUUUAAGACAUAUUUUGUAAUAUAGAAGGAUUUCCUUAUCAAGCGAUAUUUAUUUGCCGCCC